AUGAUGAGAUCUCUUUCCCUUGGCCUUCUACGUCGAUAUGACAUUCGAUACGAUCCCAAAUCUCACCGACUCCGCUGCCAAGGUCACAUUAUCAUCAACCUUGCCGCCAAAGCUUUCCUCUUCGUUACCGAUAAUGAGAAGCUCAAAGACGACGAACGUGAUGGGCAUAAUGUGACACUAAAAGAGAUCGAGGCGUGGCGGAAAAAGGGUCCCCUUGGCAAGCUCCACAACUUCGUGGUUUUCGUCCAAAGUAGUGUUCAGCGUCGCCAAAAGUUUCUGGCCAUCAGCCAUAAUCGCAAGCUUGCGCGAGAUAAUGACACGAGGUGGAGUUCGUGUCGAGGGAUAUUCAACAAAUGGGUGGAAGGAGAUUGUGCCGGAGACGAGCUCUCUCCCGAGGAGUGGGUCAUCCUCGAGAAGAUCAAGUCUUUCUUGGAGAAGCUUAAAAUGACGACAAAGGCCCUUGAGUCAUCGUUUGCAACUCUUGACAAUGUUCUCUUGGCUAUGGACUUCGUAUUGGCGCAAUUUGAAGCAGGAAAAGAGGCACAUAUCGACGAUCCGAUUAUGGCACCAAUGUAUAACUCGGGCUGGGCGAAGAUGGAUAAGUACUAUUGUCUUACUGACGAAUCGCCUGCCUACGUCGCUGCGAUUGUGCUUCACCCUUCGCAUAAAUGGCACUACAUACACGAAAACUGGAAGAAGGAGUGGGCUGACUCGUCAAAGAAGCUGAUGGAGACACUGUGGGAUGAUUAUAAACCUGUGGAGCCGCCUUCUCUAUCUGAGGUUCCGUUGACGACCACGAACGAGUUCUUGAAUUGGAGAAACAAGCACCUACAACCAGCACUUAUCACAGACGAGUACGAGCGAUAUUCAAAAGAACUACCCAUACCUGAGCAAAAUGGCGGUGGAUAUACUGUCAAUUCCCGCAAUGUCUGCUGA